AUGCCAACACCUGAAUCCCCAAUGUUCCUUUCUCAAAAGCCUAAAGUACCUCCCACUUUCGACGGCGUAGAUUACGAUGACACACCGUCUCUCAAAGCUGCACAGGACGCAAUCAUACGCGAGCAAUGGGUGAAGGCAAUGAUGGCGAGGCUUAUAAGGGACGAGCUGGGGAAGUGCUACUACCGCGAAGGGGUCAACCAUCUGGAGAAAUAUACGAAGAUACGUGGAUAUCUGUUUGAGCAGCAGAACUAUAUCCCGAAAGACGAGCCCAUUCUGAGUGCACCUACGCCGCAGCAGAAGAAGUGA